UUUGUGAGUGACAACCCUGGAUCUUAUACCUUGAGCAGUCACCGGAAUAAAGCUUUCUGAUGAGGUGGUUCGCAUGAUUACCGCCAGCAGCAUCGUGCAGAUGUUUGAGAACGCACUGCAGGGAAUAAAUCCAGAGCAGGUCGUCCCCGCGAUGGAUGAAAUCAAGGAACGGCACGCCGCGGUCAUGGAUUUCGACAAGAAGAUUCUUGAGCUGCAACAGAAUUUCGCAGAGAUGGCGGCACUCGUUGAGACACGCGAGAAGAUGGACAAGGCCCUGAACAAGGUUCGGAAACUUACAGUCCGUGCACGGUCAACAAAGAAGGAGCUGCGCGACGAGAUGGCGGAAAAUGACCAACUGCUGGAGAAAAAUGACCGGCUUUUGGCACUUGUUAUUAGCCUGGGAAUAGCCCUCUGCGUUGCUGUGAUCUUUCUUCUUCUCCAAGUGUAA